AUUAAAUAUGAGCAAUCUUACCAUCAAGUCCAGAAAAAUGACAGAAGUAAUGAUCAGAAGCAUCAUCAAGGGAUGAAUGGCUGAGUAUACAACCCAAAUCAAGGAUAUUGAAAGGAGAAUACUGAGGCUGGAAGGUAGAACAACCUUGAAAAAUCCCAAACAAGCUUCCUCGAUUAUAAACAAUAAAGCACAAAUUGGCAUCAAAAGAGGGUUAACUACCGUCAGAUCCAAAGCUAGAAGCUUUGCCAGCAUCAAAUAGAAAGACUAGUUCUAAGAAGCAACCCAAAACAAUCGCAGUGUCUCCUCCAAAGCCAAAAAUAGACACUGAUGCUUACUUGAGUCCCCUAAAGCCGCCUAUCGCAAAGAUUGAGAAACUUCUCAAGAAGAAAGAAAUUAUAGCAUCUGGCAACAAAGACGCUAUACCCUCAGGAAUGAAACUACAAAAACUUCCUUGUGCCCGUACAGAUUCCAGUGUAAAGCCCAUGCCUUCUCAAAGAGAGACCAUGGGCACCAACCAGGUAGUCUUGUCCCAAGAUGAAGAGAUCGAAGAAGAGAAAGGAUUCUGUGAACUAAGAUCUCCAAUUGAAAAGAAGACCGAAUUGUGAAAACUCAACUCAAAAAGUAUCACUAUUGAAGCCCCUAAAGAGAAGGCUAGACCACCUCAGAGGACCAAGAACCAUUUUGAUGGCAGCUCAGCAUCUGAUAGUGACCCGGAUACCUUCCACUGCCAGUGAGUUUACGACAAUAGAACAAACACAGUCUCUAAUUCAUUCAUGGAAAUGAGGGAGAGCAAAGAGCCAUGCUCCAAAUUCUGUAAGUAUCUCAGCCCAGACGAGGAGAAAAGGCUCAUCCUAAAGUCCACAGACUCCAUUGACGAAUUCUCCCACGAUUCCAAGCAAGAUGAUGAUCAGUAUGCCGUCUCUUCCAAAUGGUGGCAAGGAUGGUGAAAGUACAUUGGGGUGGAUGUCAAAUCCCUCGAUGACCUCAAACUUAAAACUCUCAACUCAAGACCCUUCCGGAAAAUGACACAGAAGUUGUCAGAUGAUGAUUUUGAGAUGAUUCACUUUGACGAGACUCCUCCGAAGUUUUCCCAGACUCGAAAAGCCAUGCAUCAGAGGUCAAGUUCAGUAUCUGGCCAGAAACAACAGAAAUCCGGAUCAAGGACGAGUAGGAGUAUUAAAAGGAAUUUGAUAUCAUUCGAGAUGCUGAAAUAUAAGCCAGGAAAGAUCUUCAACCAUUCCUUGCUGUAUUUUGACAACAAUUCAAACAUGAAGCUCAAGGACGACCUGACGGAAGGUCAGGACUACUACCUAGUCGAUUCCAAAACCUGGCAAUACCUUUCUAAAUGGUAUGGGUGUGAUAUUGAGGCUAAAUACCAAGACACAUACGAGUCAGAGGGAGAAUCAACCGAUAACUCCCAAGAGAGCGAGGAAAAUGAAGGUGAAUCGGAAGAAAACGAAGUCGACACUGAGGAAAAUCAGCCUAACAGUGGCUCUUAUAAGAGCAGCCGCGAACCCUAUAGCGAUGAGAAUGAUGAGAGCUUUAGCCGAAGCAAUAGUGGUAGUGCAAGUGCUAGUGAGAGUGCUGAUGCUAGUCAGUACAGUAACUCUUCAUAAUUCAAUCCCAAUUUUGAACGUUGGGGUUUUGGGGUUUUGGGGUUUUGG